AUGUUUACCAGUGCCAUUAGAUUGUCAUCACAAAGACUUUUAGCCCGUCAACCAUCUGUCACUGCUGCCGCGUUGCGCUCGACUACCACAGCAUUACCCUUAAGAUCAUAUUCUCAGCCUGCAUCCCUUCAAGACUCCACCAACUUGACAUGGUCUGAUUUUUUCAAGUUAAGAAAACAACAGCGUAGAAUCAAUGUUGGCUCUUCACUGUUUACCGCUCUCUUGGGGUGUAACGUUUCAUGGGCUUAUCUUUCUACGAUGGAAAUAGACCCGACUCAAAUGCUUUUCGGAUUCGACCCAUUAACUGUCAUUUCUGCUGGGAUAAUAGCCUCUGGUGCACUAGGUUACCUAUUGGGUCCCAUAGUUGGUUCGCAAGUUUUCAAGCUUUCCCAUAACCAACAAUUGGCACAAUUCAACAACAAGAAUAAAGAUUUUUUAAAACAUAUCAUUAAUAACAGGGUCGAUGCCUCUUCUCAAAGUUUCAGUAAUCCUGUUCCAGAUUAUUACGGUGAGAAGAUAGGCUCUCUAAAGGAAUACAAGCAAUGGUUAAGGGAUUGUCACGCUUACGCCAAGAAAGCUAAGGAAUUUUUGUGA